AUGAUAAUUUUUUAUUUGAUUGCAUUAGUUUAAGGACUAAUUCCUGAUAACUGCAAAUGGACAGACCCAGAUGGGUUUCAUUUUGAUAUCAAUCAUCUAAAAAGGAAAGACAAUUAUAAAGUAACUUCAUUUAGUGGGGCAAUGUCAUUCGAAUUUAAUUUUUGUACAUAUGGUGUUUAAUGCAAUCACAGAGAGGUAAAGAAGGUUGAGUAUUAAGGGUUGCUGCGUUUUAAUUAUUUCAUAAUAAAUGUUACACAAUAGGCUUAAAAUCUGAAUCAGAUAUAUGGUAUGAUAGUUUUGGUUUAAAUCUAAAAUAUAAAAAUGGUAAGGAGUAUUGAAUGAUGAUAGGUGAUUUAUGUGGAGAAACCUUAUAAUAUUCUGUUUAAUUUUAAAUUUAAUGUGGAGAAGAAGCUCCAUUUAAAUAAAUUAUGACAGAUUCUCCAUGCAACAUCAUGCUUUAGACAACCCAUCCUAUGGCAUGCAGAAAAUAAGAGAGUUACUUCUAUUAUUAUUUGUUUUCUAUUGUUUUCAUAGCUGCAGGUUUAUUCUUAAUGAAGAGAAAGAAAAAGUAAGAACAAGGAUAUGUGUUAGUUUGAUUGU